AUGAGUAAUUCAACGGAUAAUAUUAAAAAUUUAAUUGAUAAAUUAUUUACAUUAUUGACUAAAAUACGAGACAAAAGUUUUAGUUUUGAUGAAACAAAAGAUAUUCUUAAUAAAUGCAUUACAUUUUCUACUCGAUCAAAUGGGCUUGCUUUUAUUCAUAAACAAAAUAUUAUUCAUCAAGAUUUUCAUAGUGGAAAUAUUUUUUGUAAAAAUGAAUAUGAUAUUAUAAUUAGUGAUUUAAAAAUUAGUAAAAUAUCAACCGAAUCAUCAGUUGAUGAAAAUGAGUGUUAUGGAAUUAUUCCUUAUAUGGCUCCAGAAAUAUUUCAAGAACAAAAAUAUAAAAAAUAUACCAAAGCUUCAGAUUUAUAUAGUUUUGGUAUGAUAAUGUGA